GCCGGACCUGGCAGACGCUUGUUGUUGUCCGGCUCGGGGAGGCAGAGGUCGUUCGCUCGCUUGCUCGGGCCCUCUGUGGCGGUCGGCGGACAGGUCGGUCGCGAUAGUAGGGCGCCGUGCAGGGGCGAGGCUAUGUCGCGGUGGCAAUCCGCAGGGGCCGGCAGGGCCGGGAGUAACGGGACGUCGCCGCGGAGCUUCUUCCCCCGGAUACAACGCGGCCCGAGCGGAGGCCGCGGCGCCUCCGCCCGUUCUUGAGGAGCCCGCGCCGCGCAAGGCCCACCCCGCCUUCUCAGCCGCACCGACGCCCAUCGACCUGACCCUGCCGAGUCUGGCCCGGCCCGAUUGAGCGCGGCGCGAGCAGUGCUGAAGGGCUGGAAGCAGGCUGCAGGAGAGACCCAAGUUGUUUACAGCAGCACCUCUUACUGCGAGGAGGGCUGAAAGUGGAACCCCACGGGCCAGAUUCCCAUGGACUGAUCUCCGUCCUCAGGCAGCACUAGCCCCUGGAGCACAGACCCCUCCCCGAGGACAUGAAGCUGCUGGAGAACUCCAGCUUCGAGGCCAUCAACUCGCAGCUGACCGUGGAGACGGGAGAUGCACACAUCAUUGGCAGGAUUGAGAGCUACUCGUGUAAGAUGGCGGGUGACGACAAGCACAUGUUCAAGCAGUUCUGCCAGGAAGGCCAGCCACACGUGCUGGAGGCUCUGUCCCCACCCCAGACCUCGGGCCUCAGCCCCAGCAGACUGAGUAAGAGCCAAGGUGGCGAGGAUGAGGGCCCCCUCAGUGACAAGUGCAGCCGCAAGACCCUCUUCUACCUGAUUGCUACGCUCAAUGAGUCCUUCCGGCCGGACUACGACUUCAGCACUGCCCGCAGCCAUGAGUUCAGCCGGGAGCCCAGCCUCAGCUGGGUGGUGAACGCGGUCAACUGCAGCCUGUUCUCAGCUGUCCGGGAGGACUUCAAGGCCCUGAAGCCACAACUGUGGAACGCGGUGGAUGAGGAGAUCUGCCUGGCUGAAUGCGACAUCUACAGCUACAACCCAGACUUGGACUCAGACCCUUUUGGGGAAGAUGGCAGCCUCUGGUCCUUCAAUUACUUCUUCUACAACAAGCGGCUGAAACGGAUUGUUUUCUUCAGCUGCCGCUCUAUCAGUGGAUCCACCUACACUCCCUCGGAGGCAGGCAACGAACUGGACAUGGAGCUCGGGGAGGAAGAAGAGGAGGAGGAGGAAGAGAGUGGAGGUGGAGGUAGCGAGGGUGGGCCUGAGGAGCCUGGAACCAUGGAAGAGGACAGGGUCCCGGUGAUCUGUAUGUGAAGAGGAGAAACAGAGGCCCUAGCUUCACCCAGCUUCGAACAGUGCCUGGACCUGCCCACCUGAGGGCCCAGGUCCCGGCGCUGCCACAGCACCAGCCCACCCCAGGCCAUGCCUGCCUAGCCUGUGGCUGUCCACUCACCCCCACAGGCUGCUGCUGCCCACACUGUGGCUGGACUAGACAGCACAGGGCCUGGUGGGAAGAGCCACUGCCCUGCUCACACGAACUGACACAGGCAGGGGCAGCUGGACCGCAGAGUUUAUUUUUGUAUUUUGUGUGGGCUCAGGCCUGGGCCUUCACACUCCAGCCUAAAGGGCCGGAGACCCAGCAAGUGGUCCCAGGGGUCAUCUGCCCACUUGUACCCCCCACCUUGCCCGUUGGGCAGCGUGCACUGAGUGUCACUUUGCUGCAGCUGGUUUGUUUCCAAUAAAAGUUUCUGUGAAUUA